GCCCCGCCUCCAGCCGGCCGGCGCGCCGCGGGGACAGCAUGGCGCUGCGCUCGGUGCCGCACGCCCACCCCGCCACCGCCGAGUACGAGUUCGCCAGCCCCAGCCGCCUGGGCGAGCAGCGCUUCGGGGAAGGCCUCCUGCCAGAAGACAUCCUGACCCCCACGCUCUACCACGGCUACUACGUUCGGCCCCGGGCCGCGGGAGCCGGGGAGGGCGGCAGGGCAGGGGCCUCUGAGCUCAGGCUCAGCGAGGGCAAGUUCCAGGCGUUCCUGGAUGUGAGCCACUUCACCCCGGACGAGGUGACCGUGAGGACCGUGGACAACCUGCUGGAGGUGUGGGCCCAGCACCCGCAGCGCCAGGACCGCCACGGCUUCGUGUCGCGAGAGUUCCGCCGCACGUACGUGCUGCCGGCCGACGUGGACCCCUGGCGCGUGCGCGCCGCGCUCUCGCACGACGGCAUCCUGAACCUGGAGGCGCCGCGCGGCAGCCGGCGCUGGGAGACCGAGGUGAACGAGGUUCGCGUCUCUCUGCUGCCUGCGCCGCCUGACCCGGAGGAGGAGGACGAGGCAGGAGCGGAGCCCUGAACGCCACCGAGCCAGGCCCCGCGGGCGCUCCUACCCCGGGGGCAGCAGCGUCGGGAGGGAGAGGGCGCGGUCCCCGGUGUGGGGUGUGGUCCUUUGGGACGUACCCUCGCCUUUGGUCUAGUUCUGGGUGCUGCUGAAUAAACCAAACCUCGGGGC